UUGUACAGAAAAGUUGAAAACAAAAAAUGGGCACAAAUAUCAAAUACUUUCUAUUUCCCUGGUUUGUUCUAAUCCUGUUCUCUACUUUUUCAAAAACAUUAUGUUUGGAUCAAACAUAUGAUGCCUUCUCCAAAUGCCUACAAAAUCAAACAAUCUCACCAGCAAACAUCUCCACAAUUCUGUAUUCUGCACAAACCCCGAACUUCAAUUCUGUGUUACUAGCUUACAUUCGAAACCUUAGAUUCACAUUACCAACAACACCAAAACCACAACUUAUUAUCACCCCUUUGAACCCGUCGCAAGUAUCGGCGGCGGUCAUUUGCGCUCGCAACCUCGGCCACCAAGUUAAAAUCCGUAGCGGCGGCCACGACUACGAUGGGUUAUCCUACACCUCGGAACAUCCAUUCAUCAUCCUCGACAUGCAAAACUUAAGGCGCAUUGAUGUAGACCCUAAAGCAGGAACCGCCUAUGUUGAGGCAGGUUCAACUUUAGGGGAAUUAUAUUAUAGGAUACAUGAAAAAACUAACACCUUUGGAUUUCCGGCUGGGGUGUGUCCUACAGUAGGUGUAGGAGGUCAUAUUAGCGGUGGUGGUUAUGGUAACAUGAUCAGAAAGUAUGGGUUAUCUGUAGACCAUAUUAUCGACGCAACAGUUGUUGAUGCACAGGGUAAGAUUCUAAACCGGAAAACCAUGGGGGAUGACUUGUUUUGGGCUAUACGAGGUGGUGGUGGUGCUAGUUUCGCCGUUGUUGUUUCCUUCACCUUUAAUCUUGUCCCGGUACCGGAAACCGUAACUGUUUUUAACAUUGAGCGUUAUCUUUCUGAUAAUGCUACUGAAUUGGUUUAUAAGUGGCAGACACUUAUGCAAGAUAUUGACUAUAAUUUGUUUAUCAGGUUAUUAAUACAGCCAGUAAAUGACCCUAUCAUUAAGAAUAAAAAAACAGGCAGAGCCACUUUUAUUGCCCUUUAUUUAGGUAAUUCCAAAGAUUUAUUCUCUCUGCUAAGCACUAAAUUUCCUGAACUUGGUCUUAAGAAGGAAGAUUGUUUAGAAAUGAGCUGGAUAAAUUCAGCUUUGUAUUGGGCGAAUUUCGACAACACAACUAAACCUGAAGUCCUGUUAAACAGGACAUUCACAGCUAAUUAUAACAAGAGAAAGUCGGAUUACGUAACAACACCGAUCACAACGGCAGGAUUGAAUCUAAUGUGGCAGAAGUUGAUUACAUUGGAACAAGUUGGGAUGGUAUUCAACUCUUAUGGUGGAAGGAUGAACGAAAUUCCGGCAACAGAUACGCCAAUGCCUCAUAGGAAAGGAAGUUUUUACAAGAUUCAGUACUCUGACAGUUGGAAAGAACCAGGGACAGCGGCUAAUGACAAGCAUUUGGGACUAAUUAGGGAGCUUCAUACUUUUAUGACACCCUAUGUUUCUAAAAAUCCAAGGGGUGCUUACCUUAAUUAUAGGGAUAUUGAUAUUGGUGUUAGUCAUAAUUGGACUUACCAACAAGGGGAAGUUUAUGGGAGGCAGUAUUUCAUGGGGAACUUUGAUAGAUUAGUCAAGGUCAAGACUUUGGUUGAUCCUACCAACUUUUUUAGGAAUGAACAGAGUAUUCCAGUUCAGAAAUAAUCAUCCGCUGUUAAAAAACCAACAAGUAACGGAUUCAACUAAGGUCUUAAAGCUUAGUAGCUCUGCAUUGUCGGAUGGAAUACCCUAAUUAAAUGUAAUACAUAAACUAGUUUAGUCCAACACAAUUUUAUUAUUAUCAUUAGUAGCUUGUCAUUGACAAAAUUAAAACAAGAUAUUUUUGUUAUGAAAAAUAAAGUAAAUCAAUAUUAUUAAAGGAGUUGAGCAGAAUAAAAGGCCUCCAAACCUCAA